GUGGGCGACGGGCCGCGGCGGCUCUCGGUCCCUUAGGACGCGUCUCCCGGCCUUUCUCCUUCGCAGGGUGGCAGCUGGCGUUGCGAUGGACCUGGCAGGACUCCUACUGGACGGGGAAGGCACCUUCUCCCUCUCCGGCUUCCAGGACUUCACGCUCCUCCCCGGACACCGGAAGCUGAGCGCCCGGCUCCGAAGGAGACUGUGCUAUGGCUGGGAUUGGGAGGCCGAAGGCAGUUUGGAGGAACUCUCUAGCCCCGUGGCAGACAUUGCUGUGGAAUUGCUCCAAAAGGCAGCCCCCAGCCCCAUUCGCCGACUCCAGAAGAAAUAUGUAGCUCACGUGUCCCGGGAGGCCUGCAUCUCGCCGUGUGCCAUGAUGCUGGCCCUGGUGUACAUCGAGCGGCUCCGGCACCGAAACCCAGACUACCUCCAGCAUGUGUCAUCCUCCGACUUGUUCCUGAUCUCCAUGAUGGUGGCCAGUAAGUACCUGUAUGACGAAGGCGAGGAGGAGGAGGUCUUCAACGAUGAGUGGGGAGCGGCCGGGGGUGUAGCUGUGCCCACCCUAAAUGCCCUUGAGAGGGGCUUUCUGAGUGCGAUGGACUGGCGUCUCUACACUGACCCUCGGGAGGUCUUUGAAGUGCUGAGCUGGCUGGAGAGCUGUGUGGCUGAGCAGCAGGGACAGCGGCGGGGCUGGUACACCUACACAGACCUGUGUGUGCUGCUGGAGCAGCCAGCUUGGCAGCUGGCCCUGGGCUCCCUCUGCCAGCAGCUAGCAAAGCUGUCCUGCCUGCUCGCCAUGGCGUAUGUGAGCAGUGUGGCCCUGGCGGUGGCAUCCGUGGCUGUGGUGCACCAGUCCCUGGGCCUGUUCUGCAGCCCUCCACCCGGUCCCCCCGACCUUGGCCUGGCCUCCCGCUCCCUCCUGGAGCCCUGCAUGCCUGCUCCUGUGCCACAGGGCCUACCCCCUCCUGCGAACGUCUCUGGCUGCCUGGGAGGGGCCACAUGCCUCCGUUCACUGGGCAAUCUUAUUGCCUCCCUGGCUCCUCCACCCUUGCCCCCCCCAGACCCUCCUGCACCUCCCACCCUUCUCCCUCACUGCCCCCUCUGCCAGAAGCUUCGGAGAGACUCCCCAACCUGCCGUGCCUGCCUCCACCCCAACCGUACCGUCUCCACUGGGCCUCCUGGUGCCUGGCGCCACACUCAGGGCCUGGCUGCCCGCUGGCCUUGGAGCCAGAUGCCCCCUCCGCUCCCUCAGCCCCAGCAGUGUUCCCUUUUCAGCCUCCUGGAGCUGGCCCGCCUGAGGUCUUUCAUCUUCCCUGGCUAGGGGGCGCUCCAGAGAGCGCUUUCAGAGGACUAGGGAGUCCCUGAGAAUCGAGGGGAGCCCAGUGUGUUUUGUCUCCUCUCUUCCUCUCUGGGUCCUUACUCAGCUGCUCCCUUCCCCUCCUGGCGAUGGAGCAGAAGGGCUUUGGGGACAGAUGACCGCAGGCCGUCAACUGUCCCAGACCUCUGGGUCUGGCUGCUUGGUAGGGGCAAGUGAGAGUGCGUGGGCAAGGUCAGCUGGGUGGCCCUGUCACAUCCCGGAUCCACAGAGUGAGGCCCUUGUCUCUCUGGUCCCACUCCCACCCCCUGGGGCUUUUCUAGACUUCCGUCUCUGCGUUCUCUAGGGUGGGAGGGUAUAGGUGGGAGGUGGGCUAAGGGAUGGAAGGACAGGUUAACCAGGGUCUAUGUGACAUCCCUGCUGCAGGAGAGGCAGGGACUGAGGGGGCAGAGGCAGGUGGGAACUCCUCUCCCUGCCUACCUGAGGGGUGCAGUCUAAUGGAGCCAGGCAUGCUGGGCCCUUCAACCUUGACCUUUUGUCUUCCACCUCCUCCGUGCCCUGCACCUAGGCUUCCCUCUCCUGUUCCCUCUCUCGGUCUUCUCUUCACAGGCCUCUCUGGCCACCACUUUGUAUCUGGGUUUUUCACGCUUUUGUAGAACAGGUUUCAAUAAACACUUUAAAUCGCA